AUGUUGAAUGUGGAAAAACAGAAGUUUAAACAGCCUAAUAACAAAAAUCUUCAAUCAAAUAACUGCAAUCUGACGACUACAUCUGGUAUUACAAAGAGUGGUACAAAUAGAAUGCUAGAAUUUAAUCAUAAUUUAAAACUGCCACUUCCUGAAAAAAAUAGUAAUUCUUUAUCUGCAUCAUUACUUGAUGAUAAAUUAUAUACUAAUUCUUUUAACAAUGAUAUAGGUGAUAAUAAUUUUAAUAUACAUGAUGAUGUUGAUUCUGAUGAUAAUUCUUCUAAAAUUAUUGAAUCUUUUAACAUUGAAGAUGAACUUAGAUCUUGGGUAUUGAAGUUUAAAGUAUCUCAUAACAGUGCAAAUUGCAUACUUAGAAUUAUUAAAUCUGCUGGUAUUAAUGUACCAAAAGAUAUUCGAACACUUAUGAAAACUCCUACUACGCAUGUGAUUUCUAAUAUUGAACAAGGGUCUUACAUUCAUUUGGGUCUGGAAAAUAUGAUAUUACCUAUAUUAAAAAAGUAUGAUUCAUUAAUCUAUACCACAAAUAAAGUUUUAAAGAUAGGAAUUAAUUUGGAUGGUCCUCCAUUAUCUAGAAGUUCAAAAAGUCAACUUUGGCCAAUUUUAAUUGAAUUUACAAAUUGCAAUUUGUUGUCAGGAUAUGUACUUCCUAUAGGAAUAUUUCAUGGGAACUCAAAACCAAAGUCUAUUCAUGAAUUUUUAAAUCCUUUUUUAUCUGAUCUUUUAACAUUAUUAAAUUGUGGCUUAAACGUCGAUGGAAAUAUUUAUCAGUUUGAAGUUGGCCAUGUAGUUUGUGAUUCUCCAGCAAAAAGUUUUUUAUUAAAUGUUAAAUCUUUUAAUGCAUACUUUGGAUGCACUGCGUGCACCCAGGAAGGAUCAUAUAUUAAUAAUAGAAUGGCAUUUUUAGAAAUAGAAUCACCUCUGAGGACAGACAAAUCUUUUAGAUCUAAAACUCAAGAAGAAUAUCACAAAGGUAGUAGCCCUCUUGAAUUAUUACCAAUUGAUAUGAUAAACGAUGUAUGUUUAGAUUAUAUGCAUAAUGUCUGCUUGGGUGUUACAAAACGUUUAAUAGAGUUUUGGGUUAGAGGGAAAAAGGAUAUAAGAUUAAUUGAGGAAAAUAAAGUUAGAAUAUCUAAUAAUUUGCUAAACCUACGAUCGUAUGUACCAUCUGAAUUCAGUCGUUUACCUAGAGGCUUAGAUGACAUAGAAUUUUAUAAAGCUACGGAAUUGAGAAUGUUUGUUAUACAUUCUGGAUUAAUAGUUUUAAAAGGAAAUUUAAGUAAACAAAUGUAUUCUCAUUUUAAACUCUUUGUAUUUGCAUUAAGAAUUCUAAUAACCCCUGAUAUCUGUCGAACUUUAAAUAAUUUAGCACAAAGCUUACUAAAUGAGUUUGUAACUCAGUACUCGUCUUUGUAUGGUGCUCACUUUGUGACUUACAAUGUACAUAGCUUAUAACAUCUUCCAAUGUAUGUUAAAGUACAUGGAUGUUUAGAUAAUUUCAGUUGCUUUAAAUAUGAAAAUUAUCUGCAAUACAUAAAAAAAUCAAUAAAAAGUGCUAAAUAUCCUCUUCAGGAAGUUACUAACCGAAUAAUGGAAAAGCAAAAAUAUUUUAUAGCAAAUGAUAUUGUACUCGAUCCUAUUGUAAUUGUUAAAGAGAU